CCUCCCAUUUCCAGACUGGCAGCAAUAGGAAGAGCCGCAGAAAAAGUCAUUUAAGAAUUAUCUUUUCUACGCUCAAGCAGACAGCCUCUCUCUCUCUCUCUCUCGCUCGCUCGCUCUCUCUCUCUCCCUCACACAGCCCGCUGCUGUCGCUUUGAUCUUCCCUUAACAACAGUGCACGUCACAAGGCUGCAUCGCACAGAAAGGGAGUUUUGUCAGGCGGAACGCGGCGCGAGACUUGUUCAGUGGCUUGCAAGCAGCAGAGAGGGCGAGAGCGGCAUCAGCACAAACCUCCAUCCUUGCCGAAAAAAAGACGACUUUUUCCACCUCUUUACUCAACUUUUUCUUCCUCCGUGCCAAAGUCAGCGCCGAAGCCAUGGAGCACCAGCUGUUCUGCUGCGAGGUGGAUACCAUAAGAAGAGCUUACCACGACGCCAACUUGUUGAAUGACCGAGUUUUACAGACAAUGCUCAAAGCGGAGGAAAACUACCUCCCCUCGCCCAAUUAUUUCAAAUGCGUGCAGAAAGAAAUUGUACCCAAAAUGAGGAAAAUCGUCGCCACAUGGAUGCUAGAGGUGUGUGAAGAACAGAAAUGUGAAGAGGAGGUUUUCCCUUUGGCCAUGAAUUACUUGGACAGGUUUCUGUCUGUCGAACACACUAAAAAGACGCGACUGCAGCUGCUGGGAGCCGCCUGCAUGUUCUUGGCCUCCAAAAUGAAGGAAACGGUGCCUUUAACAGCUGAAAAGCUUUGCAUAUACACGGAUAACUCCAUACGCCCCUGCGAACUAUUGCAAAUGGAGCUACUUGUACUCAAUAAGCUGAAGUGGGAUCUAGCCUCUGUGACGCCACAUGACUUCAUUGAACAUUUUCUCACCAAACUGCCCAUUCACCAGAGCACCAAGCAAAUUCUGCGCAAACAUGCACAGACAUUUGUUGCUCUCUGCGCAACAGAUGUCAAUUUCAUCGCCAGCCCUCCCUCAAUGAUCGCAGCAGGAAGUGUCGCUGCAGCCGUGCAGGGACUCUACUUGAAAGGUGCAGACAGUUCUUUAUCCUCUCAGAACCUCACCAACUACCUGUCCCAAGUUAUCAGGAGUGACCCUGACUGUCUUCGAUCGUGCCAAGAGCAGAUCGAAUCUCUGCUGGAGUCCAGUUUAAGGCAAGCACAGCAGCAAAGCAUCUCCACAGAAAGCAAACGCGUGGAGGAGGACGUGGAUCUCUCGUGCACUCCUACAGAUGUCAGGGACAUUAACAUCUGAGGGUGUCAGCCUUCAUCUAGAGUCUUGUUUAUUCAUUGGUGUAAUGGGCUUUGACCAGUGGCUUCAUGGGACUAGAGGGCACACAGCCCCCGCACCAUUAAAGCCCACACUGACACCUCACCCAAUCUAAUCAGCCCCUCAGAGUGCCUUCACUGUUGCCCCAACAGUGGCACUCCCAGUGGCCUACACGAUUGGGCUGUUGCUGGCCAGGACCACCAGAAGAGGACAAGGGAAGGAUAUAAACCUUGAUCAUCCCUUCCGGGUUGCUUAUUUCUCUCUUUUUCAAACCCUCUUCAAAUAAUUUGUCAAAAAAAGACAAAAAUGUAUAGUUAAUCUAGGAUUUUUUAAAUUGCAACAGCUGCAUAUAUUAUUUAUGUAGUUGGUACUUGUCUAAUGCACAGACAAGGAAAUAGGUUGGUAAUUUUAUUUCAAGUGUAUCAGUAACCAUUAUUUGAAAGAGAAGAGGCAUUUUUGUUUUUUAUCUCUUUCUUUUAGCUAGAAUAAUGUCACACAUGCUAACAGUCACCCCAGACAGUUUUUUUUUUGCAGUCUAGGCAUGUGUAUGUAUCCCUGCUUGCUUAUGCGUUUAGUCACUUUAUUCUAUUGUCUAGACUUUUAAAAUCCCUAACAUGUUUCUUUUUCUUUCAAAAUGGCUUGUGUAACCCUAGUAUAUUUUGAUAAGCAUGUGCUAUUCUAUGUUAUGAUUUAGAGGCCUGUGGAUUGCCAAAGCUAAGGCUUUAACUUAACACCAGACAAAACCAUUUCCUCCACCCCCACCCCAUUUUUGUUUGUUUGUGUGAUUGUCCUCACUGCCAAUGCCAUCACUGGUUGUGACACAAUAAGCUUCUCUCCUACCCGCUUCCUAUGUUACAUUCACAGUGCAAUCCACAGUCUACUUUCUGUUUAGAUUUAGGUAUUAUUAUCUAAAACCAUUCCAUUAAAAAAAAAGCACUUUCAGUCCGUCUUGUAAGGCUGACUUAUGAAAAAACCCACAUUUGUAAAACAAAACUGAAAAAAAACAUGGAAUGGAGUAGGAUUUGAUGGCAGGAUUUUUUUUUCCUGUCUGCAGCAUGGAGCAGGUCUCUUUAUUGUGUUAUAGGCUAGAGAAAGAGAGAGAAACUGAGAGUUGGAAAAUAAAUGGAUUCUCAGAAUAGUAGAGGAACAUUACAGCAACGUCACCAUCCUACUGGCUGAGAUGGACGUAGGAGAACAUUGAGGUGCAAUCUCAAUGAACAACCCACGCAAGCCUGCCACCAUUCAGCACCAGGCCCAUUGAUGCGUAAAACACUAAAGUAGAAAAAACAAAGCUUUUUACAAAGAUUCAGAACUAUUUAUUUUGUUCUAUCCCCACCUCGUAUAAGGCCAGUAUGGAACAUGACAACAGGAUGCCCGAGUUUUGAAGUGUGCUCAACGCACGAAUGUUUGCUACCUUGUGUGAAAUGUUGGGUUUUUUUUUGGAAGAUCAGAGAAGCGCCAUAGUUAUUGUUCAGAGCCAACAAACUCUGGAUGAGCGAGAGAAAAGAAAAAAACAGAAUUACAAGAGAAAACAAAGUGCUGUGGCCUCUACAAGAUUUUGCACAAACCCCAAGAUGUAAUGUCCACUCUUAAAUCUCUUUGGAGGAGAAAACAGGGACAAAGACAGAUGUUAGAGGUGGAAGAGUAAGACGUUAAAAAGGGGGUGACGCCUGGACAUCAGAAAGUAACUGCAGAACUAAACUAAGGUGUUUGUACAAUGAGAAAAGAAGAGAACACGGGAGAACACACUCCUCAUAUUUAGCUGCUAUGGUGGGAUUUCCGGCAAGUAUGAAACUCUGAACGAAAAAAAGAAAAAAAAAAAAGGAAAAGACAUGCUUUGUUCUCUUGUCUUGUUUUGCUGCUAUUUUUGGUUUUGUCUAUGUAUAAUGUCAAUAUACUGCCAUAGGUUUUUAAUUUUCUCAUAGAAAAUUAUGAUAUUGACAUCUGUUUCUUUUGGUAGUUUUUUUAUGUGAUCAGUUUUUAUUAAUGUGAUUUCUGCGCUAUUCCAAAAAAACAAAUGAGGAAAAAAAGAAAAAAAAAAAGACAAAUGUUCCUGUUUUACCCACAAUACCUCAACCAGUCAUGAUUUAGUAAUGAUGAUUUUUUUUUCCUCAGUUCUGUCUUUUGUUUUACUUCAUUAUUCAAUGUCUGCUGGUCCGGUAAUUGGACACCCAUUAUACAUUACAUUCUCCUUCUGGGUCCUGAUAUAAGCAAAAAAAAAAAAAAAAAAAAGGUGUGAGAGAGAGAGAGAAAGAGAGUGCAUUAAAUGAAAUUGGUGCCAUAAAGUUUUAACUGUUUCAUUAAAAGAGACUUGUAUGCCCCUGCUUUUAGGCCACUUGUGGCCCGGUCUAAAUGUAUUUAUGAAGCUUUUGUUCAAACUGAAAGCAGAUAUGAUUUUGUGAAUUUUACAAAGCCAUAGUUUUGUAGUAAUUUAACAUGGCUCCCAGGUCAGAAGCUGGAUAUGUUGCUUUGAACACAGGAAGCUUGGCAUGUUAACAUCACAUGUGUCAAUAUCACAAUAAAUGGCAUGUAGAUGCAA